GGGAAUGGAAGAGGCGCCUCCCUCUGUGCGCCGAGGGGUGACCUCCCCGGCCCCUCCCCCACUUCCUUGUGCAGUUCUCGUGCCCCUGGAGGAAGUUAGAGUCCCCCGUGGCCCCGAGAGGAGCUCCCAGUUCCCGCGUGUGCUCCUGCAGGUCCAGCGCCCACCAUGUGGCCCCUCACUGUGCUGUGGGGCUGCCUCUUGCUCCCAGGUUACAGAGCCAUGGUGGGCCCCAAGGAGAUCAGUGGGUUUGAAGGCGACACCGUGUCUCUGCAGUGCACCUACAGGGAGGAGCUGAAGACGUAUAGCAAGUACUGGUGCAGGGAGCGCGGGAUCUUUGUCUCCCACUGCUCUAACACCAUCUAUGCAAGAGAGGACGGCCAGGAGACGACGGAGGGCAGGGUGUCCAUCCAAGACAGCCCCCAGACACUCACACUCAGCGUGACCCUGAGGAAACUCACCCUGCAGGAUGCCGGGAAAUACUUCUGUGGGGUCUCCAAACUGGGCAGAGAUGAGUCUUUCCUGGUCUCCCUGCUUGUCUUUCCAGCUUCUCCUGGUCUCCACCAAACAGUCACCACAGCCAAGCAGGGGAAGACAGGGGCCUCAGCCUCGGCCCCUACGUUCGCAGGGACCUCCCCAUACGGGCGCACAGGAAGCUACCCCUACACAGGAACCUCUCCGCGCACAGGAAGCUACCCCUACACAGGAACCUCUCCGUAUGCGGAGACCUCUCCUCAUGAAGCAACCUCUCCUCAUGCAGGGACCUCCCGCCUCUCCAAACGGCCGGACUCCAGCUCAGCAGAGGACACCACUCUGGCCCCCAGCAGCAGCAGCUCUGUGUCUAGAGUCUCCAUCCCAAUGGUCCGCAUCUUGGCCCCUGUCCUGGUGCUGCUGGCUCUUCUGCUGGCCGCAGGCCUGGCUGCCCUUGGCAGCUAUCUGCUCCGCUGGAGGAAGGAAGCUCACCUGGCCGCAGAGACACAGAGGAACGAGAAGGUCCACCUCUCACAUUCACACUCGCCGCUGGAGUACCCCGUGAUCAACCCCACAGGGCCUUCUGGGCCUCACGCCAGCCCAGAGCCCGCCGCCAGCCCAUGCACAGAAAUCCAGUGCCUCAGCCAGAGUUCAGAAGAAAGUGAAGCGCCUUUGCAGGACCCGGAGGAGAACAUCAUCCCAGGGCCUCCCCUCCACAUGUCGGAGGAGGAGCUCUGCUUCUCAAAGUUCAUCUCAGUCUAGCAUGGCAAGAGUGCCCCCAGGCCAGCCUGCCGGGAAUCUGAACGGCUAGAUUUGCACUAACUCCAAUCAAUUUCCGCUAUAGCUUCAGAGUUCACCUGCCAGGCCCCAGGCUCUCCCCCACCCUCCCCAGGCUCUCCCCAACCCUCCCCAGGCUCUCCUCCUGCACACCCAGCCUGACCUGGAAGCCUUGGCCAGCCCCAGGGGGUGGCCUCACAGUUCCAGUGGGGAGACUGGGACCUCCUCAAUAUGUUCACAUCCCUGGGCAGGGUGGGGCGGGGCGGGGCGGGGCGGGCAGCCUCUGGAGCUCGCCAGAGCCAGGCAAGGCUCAGGAGAUCUGGUCUGAGUUUGUAUCUGCUACAAGAGAUCCCUUGCACCGGGGUACCCAGCAAAAGACCCCCACUUUCUUCUCCCUUCCAUCCUGACUCAGCACCACUUUCUCCUGCAUAAGUGUGCAAGGAGGAGGAGGAAGAGCAUGCCAGGGGAUAGACAAGGUUCUGAUUUCUCAAAAUGUGACUGCAUCCCACUCCUUCAGGAAGCUAGUUAAAAAUGUGAUUCCUGGGCUCUACACCAUCUCUGGGGCUGGCCCCACAACUCUGCAUUUCUAACAGUGUCAGGUGGCUCUUAUACUUGAAUUUGAGAAGCAGUGGGCUCAGGUUCAUCCAGUUUAGAGGCUACAUUUGGUGUGUGGGGUCUCCCACCUGCUCCGCCUCCCCCCCCCCCCACACACACACACACAAUAGGGGCUGCUCUGCCCACGACACCAUGACCCAGUUGGGGGCUUUCCUGGGCCCAUCCGAGUCCAAGCCCAGGUUAGGUGCACCUUGGAAGGGGUGAGUCCAGGACUGGCAGGGAGGCGUUGUCUUUCCCAGCUCCCCACCCAGCCAUGCAUCCUAGGCUUUGGAAGGAGGCUGGAGAAAAGCUUGGCUCCUUCCUCAUUGAGAAAGGGUUAAUUGCCUGUGGGCUGGGGUUAGGGAGGGAUUGAAAAGUACUGGGUGCAGGUGGGUGUCUACAGGGCUAGAGAGAGGAGACAGGGCAGGAACCCAAUGAUGACCCUGAGGCUGGUCCCCUGGAGAGGGAAGGGGGAGGGGAUAGAAUAAGAAGACUGUUCUUUUUUUUUUUUUUUUUUUCUCUUUUUCAACUUUCUUUAAAAAGUGAAAUGGGUGGUUGCUCAGUAUACAAAAGUUAGAAAUCCAGGCGGAGGAGGAGAAGAAAACUCACUCAGGCUCACCACUCCUCCAGACCAUCACUGUGAUCACUGCGGCAUUUUGUUGCAUUUCUUUUCCUUUUUUUUCCCUUCACAUCAUUUACUGGUGUUCUCUCUUACAAAUUAUUUUGCAUAUACAACUUUAGAUCCUGCUUUUCCCACUUUAAUGCUUUUUAAAAAUUUUUUAUUUGUAAGUCAUCUCGAUGCCCAAUGUGAGGCUCAAACUCACAACCCAAUCAAGAAUCACAUGCCCCACCGACCUAGCCAGCCAGGCAUCCCCCCACUAAUUCUUAUAAACAUUUCUCCAUAUUUUACCAAACUUUAUAAAUAAAAUGUUUAUCAGCUCUGUGAUA